AAUACUCGUGAACUCGCAGCAGACGAAGACGACUACAAUCGGAAUAUCGACGCUAACGCGCGCUGUGCCAACGCAUUUGCAAAGUGUUAAAAAUUCUGAUAUACGGAUUUUUUCGAUAAGCCUGAAAGUAUACUAGGAAUUUAGGAAAAGUGUAAACUGCAGUUUUUGAAGUGCGAACUACACUGUGGCAGUGCGGAAAUACACAAAACUAAAAGUUUUAACAAGUAUUACCUGCGCAAGCCGAACACCUACGCGUAAUACGCAAAAAUAAUUAGACAGUGAAAUACCAAAUACCAAACACCAACACAAUUGGAGAGUACAGCACACAUAAUAUUAUAAAAUUCAAAACAAAAAGUAAAAGUAUUUUAAGUAAUAAGAGAGUAUAAGGGUAAAAUUUGAAAGAAUUUUUUGUUUGAAAAAUAUCAUCAACUUGGCUUACUCACAAAGUCAUUGAAAGAGUUGGCGAGGAGUAAGCGACGAAAGCGGCCUAUAGUAAAAAGUGUGAUUCAUACAAUCCUUGCUACCUGCAGGCAUCGCGUAACCGCAAGUGUCCGCGGCAAAACCCACCCUCACCAAUAACAACAAAACCAAUAACAAACAUCCUUACCACCACCAAGUACAAAGCAUAGAUUUCGAAAGAACACGCUAGAGCGUAUGAUACUCGUCUGGGAACACCAGCUCAACAACACACCGUAGAUAAAUACGACAUCGACGACGACGAGGACGACGACUUCGGGAAUCGCGAAGACAAUUCUCUUCGAUUCAGCGAAUAAUAAUUACAGCUGCUUGUUUAUUCGUGUGAGCCAUAUUGGAAAAAUCGAUUACGUUUGUCGAAGUUUUCAAACGCAACGCGUAUUAACACAAUCAAGCUCAGAUAAAACAAUUAAACAGUUAUUUGUGAUUAUCAAAAGAAAUUGCCUAAACGUUUGAUGCGUAGAUGUAGAUGUGCUUGGGAUUUCUCAUAGAUUUCGAUAAAAAUUUCCAAUUCGCGUUAUUCAACAACGUCAACAAGCUCGUGGUGAACACUCAGCACGACAACAACAAAUACAACUAAGCAUCGACGCAUUAACAGAUUUGUUGCAAUCAAGAUGGGCGACGAGUACAGCCCAGAUGUCAGCUCCAUGGAGACAAUAAUUCCAGCGAUUUUGGGUUUUGCUGCCGCUGCAGCACUCUCAGCUGUGGUAUACAUUUGCGCAAAGCGAAUACGUGCACGCAACCGUAAGCAGAAUCAGCAUGACGCAUCAUUUCCCUUUCAGCCAACACGGCGCCCAACUGCUGUGCGCUCGCCAAGCGGCCAACCACCACACUAUCUGAAAAAAUCUCCCUCACCGACUGGCACCAAACAAUUGGGCAUUUUGCAACCAAUGCAAGAUCAGACCACCUCCCCGAUUGCACCACCGACUAUGAAAUAUGUGGAGGAAGAUGAGAUACAACCAACCCGACACAGUCGCCAGCUAAUGAACGGCGAACAGAAGCAUUCCCCUACCAUUGAGACACACGCCACCGUCGUUGGUCAGACCACGGGCGAUAAUGGCAACAAUAAUGGACACAAUCACUAUCAUCAUCAUCAUUUGAGUGCCAUGGAAGACACAGCCAAAGAAUUGACUAUCGAUCAGUAUGGAAAAUUGGGCACGAUUUACUUUAAGCUACGCUAUUUGGCCGAACGCAAUGCCCUGAUGGUGUCGAUUAUACGUUGCCGCGGUUUACCCUGUAAGAGUGGUGGUGGCGGUUCCGGUACCGGCAAUGGCGCUAGUGCUGAUGGUGGCAGUAACAGCAAUGGCAACAAAAACGGUUCCAACAGUUCUAAUGACUUACCGACAGGCUUGAAUGGACGUACUCAAACUGCCACCGAUCCGUAUGUAAAACUUCAACUUUUGCCCGACAAACAACAUAAGGUGAAGACUCGCGUUGUACGCAAUACACGCAAUCCAGUAUACGAUGAGGAUUUCACAUUUUACGGCUUGAAUAUCAGUGAUCUACAGAACAUGUCGCUGCACUUCGUUAUACUCAGCUUCGAUCGUUAUUCGCGUGAUGAUGUCAUUGGCGAGGUAGUUUGCCCAUUAUCAUCCAUUGAAAUCGGUGACAUCUCCAAGGAGGCACUUUCUAUUAGCAAGGAAAUACAGCCACGUAGUUUAAAGAUUCGUGCUCAAGGACGUGGCGAGUUGUUGAUUUCACUGUGCUGGCAACCAGCUGCCGGUCGUUUAACUGUUGUCCUAUUGAAGGCCCGCAAUUUGCCCCGCAUGGACGUGACCGGUUUAGCCGAUCCAUACGUUAAGAUCUAUUUGUUGUAUAAUGGCCAACGUAUUGCAAAGAAGAAGACUCACGUCAAGAAGCGCACACUGAGUCCAGUGUUUAAUGAAAGUUUCGCGUUCGACAUACCCGCUGCAGAGGGUAUCGGCGCCACACUCGACGGUGUUUCACUGGAGUUGAUGCUUUUGGACUGGGAUCGGGUUACCAAGAAUGAGGUAAUUGGUCGUUUGGAGCUUGGCGGUCCCAACUCUGGUGGCACAGCGCUGAACCACUGGAAUGAAGUGUGUAAUUCACCACGAAGACAAAUUGCCGAAUGGCACAAGCUCAACGAGUAAGAUAACAACCACAACUUACAGUAAAACAAUGGAAAGUGUAGGAAAAAUAGACGAAAACUAUUUUCGGGUAGAAAUGUAUUUCUGCUGUGGGCACAGAUUUUGUACUGAAAAUAUACAAGCUGCUAAAUUAUGUUAAAGUAAUGCAAAACCACUUACGCAUACAUACAUAUGUGUAAACAUACCACACACAAUACAGAUGUAAGCAAAUAUAUGCUAAACGCGUACAAAAGAGUUUGAACCAAUUGAAAUUCAUAAUUCCAAUUACUAAUGAAAGCGCAAGUUUGCAAAACUUAUAAGUCAGCUUUCGAUUAUAAAACUGCAAUAGCAUGCUCACCUAUAACUGUAAUAUAAGCAUAAAACCUGUACGUAUUAGCAACGCAGUUCGAAACAUGGACAGAUCACAGAAACACACACACACAAUCAAAUGUUGAAUUUAUAAAAAAAAACAUACACAUACAUAUGUACUUUUAAAAGAAUUUGAUGAAGUGAAACGCAAUUAAAGUAGAAGUGUGUGGUUUUGUUAGCAAAGGAUUUCAAUUAGUAGACAAAUUUUAUGUAAUUUUACGGUAAUAUUUAGAUGGAAGGCAUUCUUUUAGAUAACUGCGUGUUUUUGCUAUUUUUAAAAAACCUUUAUUUCCGCGCUUUGGCGUUUAAUUUUCAUACAAUAAUGUGAUUUGUAAGAAAAAAAUUUUCUUUGCCUAAUUUAAAGCCUUUUCAAUGCUCAACAAGUCAGCUUUUCUUUAUAUAAAUUUGAUAUUUUUAUUUGAAUUUUAAGAGUUUCGCAAAGAAAACACCAAAUUAUAUUCAAAAUAUGUAAAAUAUGUUUGUGUAAAAAAUAGUUGUAUGAAUAUUUAGCAGACUGUAAGAAAUUAUUUGUAAAAUAUAAUACUCAAUUAUAUAAAUAUGCAGAACGGAGGCGCGAAAUUGCUACGCAGUUGCGGUAGCAAAACAGUUUUGUGCAUUUUCAACACAUAAAUUUAUUUUUGAAAGACUUAAGUUUACUUAACACAGCGAAAGAAUUCUCAGCUAGCAUUUUAGCAUAUUGGAAAACAGUUUUAUGACUGUCUUGAUAAAACAAGUUACAACAGAUACUUGCUCAUACAAAAUAAGCGUAAUACUGUAAAACAAAUGCAAAAAAAAAAA